AUGCCCUUCUCAAAAAUCAUCCCCGCGAAACUCCGCCCAAAGGCUUCCGAGACCGGCGCGUCCGCCGGUAAGGAAGGAAAAGACAAGAAAAGGGCGACCGGUAGGGACGUCGAGGCAGGCGUGGCCGAUGACGCUGACUUCGACCUCAUCGAAGAGAUGGAUCUGGGCGACGGCACCACCACCACCAUAACGCACCAGCACAGGCACCAGCGCCACACCAGCUUGCCCUUCCCUCCGCUCCGUCGUGCCGUCCACAACACCAACGACGCCUACCACAGCGGUGGCGGCGGCAGCAGCAGCAGAAUCAGCAACAGCAACAGAUCCUUCACCUUCUCCUUCCCCCACCUCGACACAGCCAUCCCGCUGCAACCCAUCAGGACCCCAAGCCUCGCCGCGGCGCCAACCCUUCCUUCAUAUUCAUCAUCGUCGUCAUCGCCACCACCCCCGCCAUACACGACCGAAGAAGCCGACAUCGCGACGACGUCGAUGACGCAACUGCGGGAAAAAGACGCCAAAAGCACCUCGAAUGACGUCUCUCGCCAGAACCAGAGCCAGAGCCAGAGCCAGACCCAGAACCAGGCCCAGAGCCAGACCCAGAACCAGAACCAGAACCAGACCCAGAACCAGACCCAGAGCCAGACCCAGAGCCAGACCCAGAGCCGCCAGACCCAGUGCCGCCAGAACCGGAGGCGGAACUGGCAGCCGAACUGGCAGCGGAGCUGGCUGCAGCAGGGGCGGGAAGAACAGAAGCCGGCACGCUGGGAGGAGAAAUGCUACUAUACGGGCUGUAUACUGUUUUCUUUGGUGGUUUUGUGGCUUGUGGUGCAUUUCGUGUGGCAGGCUUAG